UAUCACUACUUCCUACCCACGUUCUCGACUUGGACGAUAGAUGCUGAUGUGUUUGGCAAACCGUGGUUCUUUUCGUGGUUCCACAUAAGCAUGUCAGUACUGCUUGAGACGAGCGCGGGCGACGUGGUGAUAGACCUCUUGACAGACUACGCGCCCAAAGAAUGUGAGAACUUUCUCAAGCUCUGCAAGGUGAAAUAUUACAACUUCUCACCCGUCCACUCUAUUCAACAGAAUUUCUCCUUCCAAACCGGCGAUCCCCUCGGGCCCACGUCCCCUUCCUCCGAUGGUGGCUCUUCGAUAUGGGGCCUUGUCUCCGGGCCCUCCGAGAAGACUUUCCCCGCGACCUUUAAUCCCAAGUUGAAGCACCUCGAAAGAGGAACCGUCUCCAUGGCUACCGUGCCACACCCUUCCGACCCAGAUGUUCGUGUUGCCGGCAGCCAGUUCAUUGUUACUCUUGGCGACAGUACGGAUUAUCUAGAUGGGAAGGCGGCGAUAUUUGGUAAAGUGGUCGAAGGAUUCGAUGCUUUAGAGAAGAUCAACAAUGCAAUCACCGACCAUGACGGUCAUCCCCUCGUUGAUAUCCGGAUAAAACACACCAUUAUUCUCGACGACCCGUACGCCGAUCCGCCGGGGUUACGAGAGCCGAGCCAGUCACCUGCGCCGUCCAAGGCCCAGCUUGCUACAGUCCGAAUCGCCGACGACGCUACGCUAACCGAAGAAGUGGACGAGGACGCUGCGGAAAAGGCGCGACGCGAGAGGGAAGCCCGCGCCCAGGCUUUGACCCUGGAGAUGAUGGGCGACCUUCCUUUUGCCGAGGUCAAGCCUCCUGAGAACGUGCUUUUCGUUUGCAAACUUAAUCCCGUCACUACGGACUCGGACCUCGAGCUCAUCUUCAGCCGUUUCGGCAUCAUCCUCUCCUGCGAAGUGAUUCGCGAUAAGAAGACUGGUGAUAGUUUACAGUAUGCAUUCAUCGAGUUUGAGGAAAAGAGUGCUUGCGAAGCAGCUUAUUUCAAAAUGCAAGGCGUGCUCAUUGAUGACCGGAGAAUACACGUAGACUUCAGUCAGAGCGUGAGUAAGUUAGCUGAAGUUUGGAGGGGCGGCGAGAAUGCAAAGCGAAAACGGGGACGAGAUGGUGGUGGAUGGGGUGGCGUGAAAGGCUUGGAAAAGUGGAGGAAGUACAGAGAAGAAGACGGGCGUGAUGAUGACCGUGGCCGUUACAGUAUGGUCUACGGCGAGGAAGAGAUGCGUGGCCGGCAUGAGCGACAAAGGGACGGCGGAGAUGAAGAGGGUAGGGGGGCAAAUGAUGCAGAUCGCUUCGCGGACCACGGACGCGAUGGCAGGAAUCGAGAACGGCCUUGGAAUGGUGGUAAUGGGCGCGAGAGGAAUCAGGAGUCACAGAGGCGAAGUCGAAGUCCUAGGAGAGAGAAGCAUCAUAUCCGAGCCCGGGAUGACAACGACCAAAGAGAAGAUCGUACUAGGCCACGGUACGACAAUCGACAUCGGAAUCCUCAGGAUCGGGACAACGAUAGAAACCGGGGAGCUCACGGCGAUUAUCGACGGAGAUAGCCUGUAUUCGAUGGACGGAAUCUAGUCGUCGCGCAUCCAUAGGAAUACGUAGGCAUCCGCUUCUUAUUUUUGGACGUCUCGAUUGCGGCUCUCCGACUUGUCGUAUCUGAGACGAUAUAGCUCUUGGUGGCUCAAUUUUUCAAGCGCACAAU